AAGCCAAUCUCUCUCUCUCAAGGUUCUCUUUUGUCCCUCAUCGGCUUCAUGUUCUUACUUUAUUUUUCUUCUAUUCUCUCCUCGCACAGAUUUCUUUCGUUUUCCUUCAAGCCAAGCAACGCCGAGAAAAAAAGCGGAGGAGGUAAUUGACUUAUGCAGAGAGGGUAUUAGAGGAAGGUCGUCUUGUAUGAAGAGAAAAUCUCUAGAAGUGAAUCAAUUUCCUUUAUUAGCGCAGUUAAUAUUCUUCGAUCUGGUUUUUUUACCCUAUUUCAGACUUCAACUGGGAAUUCUUUGUCUUUUUGCAUAUUACAUAUCUGUUACAUACGGUUCUUCUUCAGCCUAAGUUUUCCGGGAAUAGCUAAGAAUUGUGUUUUCUUUGUUAGUUCUGCUGAAGCCUUAGAUUUCGUACUGUGGAUUUUGAGCGGCGGCAAGUGUGCAGGUUAUUUCAUCUGUUUUGGGGUUUAUAAGGAGUUUUUGUAGUGGUGUUGCUUCAUGCCUGAUAGGUAGGUAGGAAGGCAGAUAAAUAGAUAGAUUAGGUUUAGGGUUUUUGUUUUGGUUUUGAUGCCGCCGGAGCGAUUGCCGUGGGAUCGGAAAGAAUUCUUUAAGGACAGGAAACCUGAUAGGUCCACGCCCCGAUGGAGGGAAUCGUCUUCAAGUCAUUAUGGAUCGUCUCGUGAUUUUUCUCGCUGGGGUGGAUCCAACGAGUUUCGAAGGCCUCCUGGUCAUGGUAAGCAGGGUGGCUGGCACCUGUUUGCUGAAGAAUCUAGCCGUGGUUAUGCACCCUUUCGUUCAAAUGAUAGGAUAUUGGAAGACAAGAACUACAGGCCAUCGGUUUCACGUGGAGAUGGUAAAUAUGGUAGGAAUAGUAGGGACAAUAGGGGAUCUUUUAGUAGCCAAAGGGAUUGGAAAGCUCAUUCAUGGGAAAUGAGCAAUGGGUCUCCAAGCACGCCAGGGAGACUGCAUGAUGCGGCUAAUGAUCAGAGAUCAGUAGAUGAUAUGCUAACAUAUCCACCUUCACAUUCUCGUUCUGAAUUAGGGAACAAGUGGGAACAUCUUCAUCCAAAAGAUCAGCAUGAUAAUAUCAAGGCAGCUGGUGUCAGUGCGGUGGGCACAGGCCAGAGAGGUGAUCGGGAGAGCUCACUGGAUUGGAAGCCUCUUAAAUGGGACCGCUCUGGAAGCUUGUCUUCUAGGGGAUCUGGUUUUAGCCAUUCAAGUAGCUCAAAGAGCAUUGGAGGUGGAGAUUCUAGCGAAGGAAAGGCUGACAUGCAGCUUAAGAGUGCAUCCAUAGUCCAGUCUCCUUCUGGAGAUGCUGCUGCCUGUGUUACUUCCGCUCCAUCUGAAGAUAUGAGUUCUAGGAAGAAGCCACGCCUUAACUGGGGUGAGGGAUUGGCAAAGUACGAGAAGAAGAAAGUUGAAGGUCCUGAGAUGAAUGUAAUCAAAGAUGAACCUGUUAUUUAUUGUAUCAACAUAGAGCCCAUCCAUUCACAAAGUUCAAACUUGGUAGACAAGAGUCCCAGAGUCUUGGGAUUAUCUGAUUGUGCAUCACCUGCGACUCCAUCUUCUGUUGCUUGUUCUUCACCAGGUGUGGAGGAGAAAACACUUGGCAAGGGAGUAAAUGUUGAUAAUGAUGUUGGUAAUUUAUGUGGUUCACCCAGCUUUGGGUCACAAACCAAUAAUGAAGGCCUCUCUUUUAACUUAGAGGUUUUGGAUGCUACUUCAAUAUCUAAUUUGGGCGCUUCGCUUGUUGAGCUGCUUCAAUCUGAUGAUUCUAGCUCAGUGGACUCAAGUUUCGUGAGGUCAACUUUGAUAAAUAAGUUGCACAUGUUGAAGGGUGACAUUUCAAAGGCUUUGGAGGUGACUGAAUCUGAAAUAGACUCGCUUGAAAGUGAACUGAAGUUGCUGAAAUUUGAACCUGGAAGCAUGUAUCCUGGUCCAGCAGCAUCAAGCUUUUUCCAAGCUGUGAAUGAUGCAAAACCUUGCAGUGAACAGGGGGCUGUUUCCAAUGAUAUCCCUCGAUCUUCUCCAUUGCAUGUUAUGGCCUCUGGGUCUGGACAAGUGGAAAAUAGUUCCCUGGAUGAUGGUGUCCUGGAAGAAGUUAAUGUUGCUAUUAAGGAUGAUGAUGUUGAUAGUCCUGGAACUGCCACAUCGAAAUUCGUUGAACCAUUGUCAGUGGUGAAGAUGGUUUCUUCAUCUGAUAUGGUGAAAUUAGAUCACUGUUCGGGUGAUAUAGGUGUCCUUCGGAUUCAGACCAUGGCAUUGAAACCCUGUGUGCCUUACACCAAUAAGGAGGAUGAUAAUUGUGCUGCUUGUGGGGAUGUUAGUAUGCUUAUAGAAAGUAAAGAUGUUGUGCCUUUUCCAAGUGAUGUGAGUUUUGCAGAAGAUAAUUUAUGUAACCUAAUAUUGGCUGCCAAUAAAGAAUCUGCUAACAGGGCCUCCGAAGAAUUGUCUACUUUAUUGCCUAGGGAUCAAUGUAAGGUUGAUGUUUCAGAAGUUUCAAAUGCUGCUUUGUGGAAGGCUGAUGCAUUAAUUAAAGAAAAAUUUGCUAUGAGGAAGCGGUUUUUAAGAUUUAAGGAUAGAGUUGUAACUCUUAAGUUUAAAGCCUUUCAGCACCUGUGGAAGGAAGAUAUGCGCUUGCUUUCAGUAAGGAAAUACCGUGCAAAGUCUCAGAAAAAAUAUGAAUUAAGCUUGAGGACGACACAUAGUGGGUGUCAAAAAAAUCGUUCUUCAAUUCGCACUCGAUUCUCUUCUCCUGCUUUUGAAAUUGUUUUUGCAGUUGGAAAUUUGAGUCUGGUGCCAACAACAGAGAUGCUUAACUUCACGAGCAAGCUGCUGUCAGUUUCUCAGAACAAGCUUUACAGGAAUGCUUUGAAAAUGCCAGCAUUAAUUUUGGACAAAAAAGAGAGGAUGGUUUCACGGUUUGUCUCCAGUAAUGGAUUAGUUGAAGAUCCCUGUGCUGUUGAGAAGGAAAGAGCUAUGAUCAAUCCCUGGACCUUAGAAGAGAGGGAAAUUUUCAUUUCUAAGCUAACCACUAUUGGCAAGGAUUUCAGGAAAAUUGCUUCUUUUCUUGAUCAUAAGACAACUGCAGAUUGUGUUGAAUUCUAUUAUAAAAAUCACAAAUCUGAUUGUUUUGAGAAAACAAAAAAGAGUAAGAAAGUGAAGUCCUCUACUAACUACUUAAUGUCGUCGGGCAAGAAUUGGAAUCGGGAAAUGAAUGCUGCCUCGCUUGAUAUUCUGGGUGCAGCUUCAGUAAUAGCGGCUGAUGCUGACAAUUCUAUGGGAAAUCGACAGAUGUGUUCUGGUAGAAUCUAUUACGGAGGCUACUGUGAAUCCAAAAUACCACAUGGUAAUGAUGGUAAUUUAGAUCGGUCAAGCAAUUUUGAUGUUCUUGAGAAUGAAAGAGAAACUGCUGCUGCUGAUGUGUUAGCAGGUAUUUGUGGUUCAAUGUCCUCAGAGGCAAUGAGUUCUUGUAUCACUACUUCUGUUGAUCCUGGGGAGGGUUGUCGGGAGUGGAAGUCACAGAAGGUAGAUUCGGUCAAAAAACGACCUUCCACAUCUGAUGUUACACAGAAUGUUGAUGAAGAUACUAGCUCAGAUGAGAGUUGUGGGGAAAUGGAUCCUUCUGACUGGACAGAUGAGGAGAAGUCGAUCUUCAUACGGGCUGUUUCAUCCUAUGGCAAGGAUUUUGCUAUGAUCUCACGAUGUGUCAGGACAAGGUCUAGGGACCAAUGUAAGGUUUUCUUUAGCAAGGCUCGUAAGUGCCUUGGACUGGAUUCGAUACAUCCUGCACCAGGAAACCUAGGAACACCAGUGAGUGAUGAUGCUAAUGGAGGUGGAAGUGACACGGAAGAUGGUUGUGCUCUUGAGACUGGCUCAGUUAUCUGCAGUGAUAAGUUGGGCUCCAAGACAGAUGAGGAUUUGCCAUUGCCUGUCAUAGAUGCAAAGCAUGAGAAAUCGAAUGCUGCAGAGAGGGAAAAUGUGACUGCUGACUUAAAUAAUCCGAAGGAGAGCAAUGUUGCUAGAUCAUUAGAGCAGAAUGACUCUAAGGAUGAAAUAUCAUUUGUUUCUGAUGCUUGCAAGAUGGGGGACAAAUCUGAGCUAGCUUUUGAAAUUGAUACUCACCAAUCUGAGGUUGGGCAGGCACAGGAAAUUUCAAAUGAAUCAGUUAAUUCAGAAUCUAAGAGAGAUAAACCGAUUGAACACAGCACUUCUGUUGGAGAACCAAUGUACGUGGAUGCAGCUGAUCCUGGCCCAUUAAAUCCAGUUUCUGGUAUUGAACUUAAAGUUAUUGCUGAGGUUGCUGCUAAUGGAAGCGCAAAUCAUGUGGAGCAAAAAGAGGUUUUGUUGCCUGAAAAUAGUUUGAACAGUAAAAGUGGUUUGAUGAAAGGUUCGAGUGCUAACAGAGAUGCAUCCUGCUUGCCUUUGGAUAUGGGUUCUAGUUCAAACUUCAGUGUAAAUGUGGAGAACAUUCAUCAUGUGUCUGGGGAGUUCGAUUCUGUGGCUGAGUCUCCUACUGUCUCAUUGCCACAGGAAAAUAAUAUUGCUUCUGGUGCUCCUAUGUUACAAGACACUGUUUCCAUUCAAUGUGAGAGAAUGCAUACCCAUGAGAAUAGAGAUGGGCAGGGUAAAGAAUCAGGUAGUGGGGAUGAUCAUUUACAGCACCCGCCAGGGAAAUCUUUAGUGAACUGUAGCGAGUCCUUGCAGAUUCUGAGGGGCUAUCCGCUGCAAAUUCCAACAAAGAAAGAGAUGAAUGGGGAUAUUUCUUGCGGACUGCUUUCUGAAGUUCAAAAGAGCUUUUCAACUUCAGAUUAUUAUCUUCAAAAGUGCAAUAGCAGUUCAAAGACCCAGUCCUCAUUGCCUGAGCUUCCACUACUCUCCAAGCACGCUGAACAUGGCAAUGAUCAUUCAAGAGACCACUCUCGGAGUUUGUCAGAUACAGAAAAGCCAUGCAGGAAUGGUGAUGUUAAACUGUUUGGCAAAAUUCUGAGUAACCCCUCAUCUUUGCAGAAGAUGAGUCCCAGUGUACAUGAUAACGUGGAACAUGGCCCAAAGGCAAGUAGCAAGUCAUCAACUUUGAAAUUCACUGGUCAUCAAACUACAGAUGGAAGCAGUAAUGUUUUAAAGUUUGAUCGUAGUAAUUAUCUUGGCCUUGAGAAUGUCCCUGUUAAGAGUUAUGGCUUUUGGGAUGGUAACAAGAUACAAACUGGGUUUUCAUCUUUACCCGAGUAUUUUUUAGCCAAGUAUCCUGCAGCAUUUAGCAAUUAUCAUGUUUCCUCGUCCAAAAUGGAGCAGCAGGCUUUGCAGGCUGCUGUGAAGUGCAAUGACCGUAAUUUGAAUGGUGUAUCAGUUUUGCCUCCAAGGGAAGUGAGUGGUAGCAAUGGAGUUGUGGAUUAUCAGAUGUACAAGAGUCAUGACAACAGUAAAGUGCAGCCAUUCUCUGUAGAUAUGAAGCAGCGGCAGGAUAUAUUCUCCGAGAUACAAAGGAGAAAUGGGUUUGAAGCAAUCUCGAGUUUACAGCAGCAAGGAAGGGGAGUGGUAGGAAUGAAUGUUGUAGGACGAGCGGGAAUUCUUGUUGGUGGAUCCUGUACGGGUGUUUCAGAUCCUGUUGCAGCCCUUAAAAUGCACUAUGCUAAAACCGAACAGUUCAGUGGGCAAAAUGGGGCUGCCAUCAUCAGAGAGGAGGAAUCCUGGAGAAGUAAGGGUGAUAUAGGCAGGUAGGAGUGGUGAGAGGGCUUUCUUUCUCUUUCGUUCUUUCUUUCUUUAUUAAAGCAAGUCCUCAACGGCAAAUAUCUUCUUUUGCCGAGCCCUGUAUAAUAGUUUUUGUAUUGUUUCAAUGGAAUGAUAGAGCAGUUGACGACGGUUCUCAGGUCCGUCUUUUUGGUAAAAAAGAAAAAAAAAAUAUUAAUUUAGGAGCUUGUAAUAUUGCAGCAGCAGCAGCUUUGUAUUUGUUGUAUUUGAUGGAAAUACAGAAAUAAUCUGUGAAAAUUGGAAGGGGCAAUGUCAGCGCCCCUCCAUCAUUUGACCAUUUAGAGGAUUGACUGACCGUCAUUUAGAGGUUUCUUGGUGUAGCUACUUUUGCAUUACUGAUAGACAUGCUAUUUUCUGCUGAAACUUGAAGUCAAUGGAUUUGUUGAAGUCCCAAUA